GUUGGUGAACGAAGGCCACGUCCCGUACGUCAACGCUUACCAAGACCUUCCCGAGGAGAUGAAGCUCGAAGGAAAAGACGCUCUCAUCUUCAGAGUGCAGAGCGUCCCGACCCACCGGGCGGUGCAUAAGGAGGCGCAGGCUCUCGCUCUGUUCCUGAAGCUUCCUGCUUUUCCUCCAAUCAGCCGGCAGAGUCUGCUGCACCCCGCCAUGCUGAGCCUGCGCUACCUGACGGAGGCUAAUCUGCCCGACGAGCUCCACCCGUGGCUCCUCCGCCUGCUGGACUGCGCUGGUAUUGCGGACGAAGCGCUCCACACGUUUGACGGCGUGUCGCUGCCUCGUUACGACCUUCAGGCGGCCGCCAUCAUCAUCGUCACCAUGAAGCUGCUCUUCAGCCUGGACGACCACACCGAGUGGGAUUUAUCAAACGACGCAGGAGACCAUGAAGACGCAGGAAACAUGUUUAACCUGCGGCGCUGGUUCCGGCUGCUGUCGGCCGCUCUGACGGACGCUCAGCGACAGAAACAGAGCGACGUCGCCAGGAGACAGUGGAUGGCAAAGAAACCUCUCUGCGCCACCAGCGAGAAGAAAUGUGCCAGGAUGAAAAAACAACGAGUAGCGGAGCAGUUGCAGACGUGUUUCGAGAGGCUGUCCUCCCGUCCUGUGGCGGGGGGGCCGAGUGGGGGGCGGAGCUUCCAGUUCUGCUGGGGGGGGGGUGAGGGGGCGGGGCCUAGCCUACACAGGAAGAAGCUGGACGCUGCCCUCCGUCUGGGGAGAGACCCGGCCCCCGCAAACCCCACAUACUGGCAUCCAGACCUGAGAGACCCCAGUUCGUGUAAGAGUGAUUUCUCGGAGGAGUCGCUGCCUCGGAGUUUCCUCUGGCUGCUGCAGUUCUUCUGCUUCCUGCUGGACGUUGGUCAGGAGGCGCUGUACAGGGAGGUGCUGAGGCUGGAGAGGAGGCUCAUCAGGAGGAAGAUGAAGAAGAAGUGCUGGAGAGGAGGAGGAGGUGCUGAGGCUGGAGAGGAGGAGGUGCUGAGGCUGGAGAGGAGGAGGAAGAUACCACAGACAUCCUGUGGUGGUGUUGUGAGACAGAAAGGAAACUACCCCGAGAGGGUGAAUCAGGUACUGCAGCAGAAAAGAAACUACCCCGAGAGGGUGAAUCAGGUACUGCAGCAGAAAGGAAACUACCCCGAGAGGGUGAAUCAGGUACUGCAGCAGAAAGGAAACUACCCCGAGAGGGUGAAUCAGGCUGAGAUGUGGUUACCUGAAAUGACCCAAAGAGGACAAACCAGGUACUGCAGCAGCUGA